AACAAAAGACAAAAAAGAUGGAAGAAAAAAUAGAACAAAGAAAAGAAAAAAGAAUGAAAAAAGCACAAAAGAUGAAGCAAAUAAAGAAACAAAGGAAAGAACAAGAGUAAAAGAAAAAAAGCAAGAUGAAAAAAAAGAAUGGAACAAAAAAAGACAAGAAAAUAGUGAAAAAAAACUAAAAGAUAG